CUCUCUCUUUUUUUUUUUAUCCAUCAUAUUUAAAGCGUUUUAAUUUUUUUAUUUUUUUAUUUUUAAUCACUGAUUGUUGGUCAUCUGUAAAUAAUUCACAUAAUAUCACCCAUUCUACACGCUCCCAAUCAUGGAGACUGACCACUUGAUGACAAUCAAACAUGCCAAAAGCAGAGCGAUACCUUACACAGAAGCACCGGUCCUAGCUCCCAUUCCUACAUCAAGGGCGAGAAAAGUCAGGGAGGAAAGCUCGGACGAAGAAGAAAUUGGCUUCGUGCCGCAUAACCGAGGCAAUAAACUCAAACGUAAACCCAACCCAACUACAGGAGGUUGUAGGCUCCACAUUCCUGACUUGCGUGGAAUUAACAGCAACUACAGCAACAAUAACAAUCCAAAAUCUUUGGACGAUAAUACCAAUGAGGAAGAGAUUCGAUCCAACUUUAGACGCUCCCUCGCUGCCUCAGGAGUAGUAGUAGGGACAGGACCGGGACCAGGAUCAGGAUUAGGAGCAGGAGCAGGAACAUCCUCCAUCAUGAACGGCAUAUUAGGAACAACUAUACAACCAGGAUCUAAAUUAGCUGCUGCCAUCAGUAAACGUGAAGUGAUCCAAAUUCGACCCACGUCAAGUUCAUCCUAUGGUGUAGAUGAGAACGGUCAUGCAGAAGAUGCGCUCUCGGAUGAUGAAAACCCCUAUGCGGGUAUCAAAAUCAAUGAACUCUUAUCGCCUCUUGAAUCCUCAACCGAAAUUUUACAAAGACCUCAAUUGAGAAAAAUCUUUCAGAGUCCUCAGCUACAGAUCAUGGCUGUUCAUGCCAUGGCCAUGAUUGAACGCGAGAAGGCUGUCAACAAAAUGAUGAGUCGUGUGGCCUUGAUCCUCCAAGGAGACGAUCCACUUUAUCCACAAUUAGGCUACGGUAUGGGCGAGGGUUGCUCCACGGCUCUAAGGGGAAUGCCAGACCAAGCAGAAUUUAUUAAUGGAAACAAGGAGUGGAAGAAGAACGGAGAGGAUCGGGAACAGGUCCAAAAGACUCUUUCUCUACUUAUGGAAAAUAUCAACUGCAGUAACCAAUAUAUUGAUCUGUUGAACGAGAGUCGAGAUGCGGUCAAUCAUGUUUCUAAGCAAAAGAAGCGAUUAUGGAAAAAACUCAAGGAAAAGCGUGAACGAAUGCGGCGUCGAAUGCAUCCCAAGACCACACGGGACCACUAGUAUUUUAAAAUGAAAGUUAGAUGAAAUAAAAAAAUAAAGUAAAAAAGAAG